CGGAGUGUAUACCCGAAAAAGCAGACGCGAGAGAGAGAGAGCAGCUAAGAUGUCCCUCCUCUGAACUGCCGCCUCAUUCCUUUUGCCUUUGCUUUGUCUUUGUGUGAUUACUAUUUCAGUUUUCUUCGGAUAGUUAUCGGUCAUGUUUCCAAGUCCGCUUACCUCCACUCCGUUUUCUGUCAAGGAUAUUCUAAAUUUGGAACAGUCCCACGAAGAGAUAGCUUCACUCGACCUGUCUAGAAUGGACGCCGCUUUGUCCCCCUCUUCUUGUAUGCAUGCAAGGUUCAAACAGGAGAACUAUACACAAGAGCCCGUAGCUACAUCUAUAUUUCUUGAAGACCUACAGCAGAGCAAGGCGCACAAAACCCAAACUGUGGAUUUCACUGCUACCAUUUAUGGAAAAAAUGUUUUAGAAACGGAUAUCAGUAAAGAAACCAAAACAGAAAAGGUAUACGAAGAAAACAAGAGGAAAGAGAGCUGUUGCGGAUCGAAGGAGGAAGGCGAGGAGAGGCCCCGCCAGAGGAAACGACGGAAGCCCCGGGUGCUCUUCUCUCAGGCCCAAGUUUAUGAGCUCGAGAGGCGCUUCAAACAACAGAAGUACUUGUCGGCCCCAGAGAGAGAUCAUCUAGCCAACGUGCUGAAGCUCACUUCCACCCAGGUUAAAAUCUGGUUCCAGAAUCGCAGGUACAAGUGUAAACGGCAGCGGCAAGACCAGAGUCUGGAAAUGGUGGGUAUUCCACCUCCAAGACGCAUCGCCGUCCCUGUCCUGGUCCGAGAUGGGAAACCUUGUUUGAGUGAUUCGGCUGCGUAUGGCACUUCGUAUAACGUGGGCAUAAACCAUUACACGUACAACACAUACCCUGCCUUCGGCAACUACCCCGGGCCUGCGUGCAACAGCAGCUACCCUUGCAGCUACCCCUCUGCUGCCGUGCACCCUGUGCAGCAAGCGCCCUCCAACGGCAGCUAUAUGAACUUGGAGCUCAGUAACACCCAGGGCGGCGGAGUUUCAUCUCUAACGGGCAUCAGGGCUUGGUAGCGCCUGGAUAGGAGCAUAAUCCAAGGGCAUUUAAUCGGGAUGCUAUGCCAGACUUAGGUCGAGAAGACACAGAUGGAAAUGUACCUUGAGAGACCGGAUCAAAGAGCACUACUCGGAGAAGACAUCUUUUUACGGCAUUGAGAGUGUAACGGACUCUGUCAUACGAUUAGCAUUAGGAUUUUCUCCAACGUGCAAAUAACACGUCUGGAGAGAUUUACAGACAUUCGCUGAAAUUGUUCUAAAGGCGUAAAACUGGCUUAUUUAUUUAUU